CCGAAAGAGGCCGGCGGAGAGGCCUCCAUGUCGGCGUAGGGAGGCGCGAGGCGGGGAAGGCGGGGGCUGGCAAAGGCUAGUGGAGUCGGGAUGGAGGGCGGCGGUAUUCGUGACCCGGAGCUGCGCGAGGAGAGGACUCCGGAGCGGGGCGGCGAGAGAACACAAGGGAAUCAACAGUAGCCUUCCUUGAAGCAUUCCUUUCCCAUUUGCUGUCUGGAGUUCACACUGUUUCCUGCUGCCAGAGUCGGGGAUAUGCCAGCACUAGCGGGAUGAGUGGGUGCUCCGGCGGGGAUGUGGUCAUUGAUGGCCAGUGAAGGCGAGAGCACCACGGCCCAUUUCUUCCUGGGAGCUGGAGAUGAGGGGCUGGGCACCCGUGGAAUAGGCAUGAGGACGGAAGAGAGUGACAGCGAGCUCCUUGAGGACGAGGAGGAUGAAGUGCCUCCUGAACCUCAGAUCAUUGUUGGCAUUUGUGCCAUGACCAAGAAAUCCAAGUCCAAGCCAAUGACCCAAAUCCUAGAGCGACUCUGCAGAUUUGACUACCUGACUGUUAUCAUCCUGGGAGAAGAUGUGAUCCUCAACGAACCUGUGGAAAACUGGCCGUCCUGUCACUGCCUCAUCUCUUUCCACUCCAAAGGCUUUCCUCUGGACAAAGCUGUUGCUUACUCCAAGCUUCGAAACCCCUUUCUUAUCAAUGAUUUGGCCAUGCAGUAUUACAUCCAAGAUAGGAGGGAGGUGUACCGGAUCCUGCAAGAGGAAGGUAUCGAUCUGCCUCGAUAUGCUGUGCUCAAUCGUGACCCUGCCCGGCCUGAGGAGUGUAACCUGAUAGAAGGUGAAGACCAAGUAGAAGUCAACGGAGCUGUCUUUCCUAAGCCCUUUGUGGAGAAGCCAGUGAGUGCAGAGGACCACAAUGUUUACAUCUACUACCCCAGCUCAGCUGGAGGAGGAAGCCAGCGCCUCUUCCGUAAGAUUGGCAGCCGAAGCAGCGUUUACUCUCCUGAGAGCAGCGUCCGAAAGACAGGGUCGUACAUCUAUGAGGAGUUUAUGCCAACAGAUGGCACAGAUGUCAAGGUAUAUACAGUGGGGCCAGAUUAUGCCCAUGCUGAAGCUAGAAAAUCUCCAGCUUUGGAUGGGAAGGUCGAGCGCGACAGUGAAGGGAAGGAGAUUCGAUACCCAGUCAUGCUGACAGCCAUGGAAAAGCUGGUGGCCAGGAAAGUCUGUGUAGCCUUUAAGCAAACAGUUUGUGGAUUUGACCUUCUUCGUGCCAAUGGUCACUCCUUCGUAUGUGAUGUCAAUGGCUUCAGUUUUGUCAAGAACUCAAUGAAAUACUAUGACGACUGUGCCAAGAUUUUAGGGAACACCAUAAUGCGGGAGCUUGCCCCACAGUUCCAGAUCCCAUGGUCCAUCCCCACAGAGGCUGAGGAUAUUCCCAUUGUCCCUACCACAUCUGGCACUAUGAUGGAACUUCGUUGUGUUAUUGCAAUUAUUCGUCAUGGGGAUCGUACUCCCAAGCAGAAGAUGAAGAUGGAGGUGACACACCCAAGGUUUUUUACUCUAUUUGAAAAACAUGGUGGAUACAAGACAGGGAAAUUAAAACUCAAGAGACCUGAGCAGCUUCAGGAGGUGCUGGACAUCACAAGGCUGCUGUUAGCUGAACUAGAGCAAGAACCAGGUGGUGAGAUCGAGGAGAAAACUGGAAAGCUAGAACAGCUGAAGUCUGUGUUGGAGAUGUAUGGUCACUUCUCAGGUAUCAACCGGAAGGUACAGUUGACGUAUUACCCUCAUGGAGUAAAAGCUUCUAAUGAGGGGCAAGAUCCACAGGAGGAGGCUCUGGCCCCAACUUUACUGCUGGUGCUGAAGUGGGGUGGAGAACUGACGCCCGAUGGCCGUGUGCAGGCUGAGGAGCUGGGACGAGCUUUUCGCUGCAUGUACCCUGGAGGACAGGGUGACUAUGCUGGCUUCCCAGGCUGUGGGCUGCUUCGUCUUCACAGCACAUUCCGCCACGACCUCAAGAUCUAUGCCUCAGAUGAAGGUCGUGUCCAGAUGACUGCCGCUGCCUUUGCCAAGGGUCUUUUAGCUCUGGAAGGGGAACUGACUCCUAUUUUGGUACAAAUGGUGAAGAGUGCCAAUAUGAAUGGGCUCCUAGACAGCGAUGGUGAUUCCCUGAGCAGCUGCCAGCACCGCGUGAAAGCUCGGCUACACCAUAUUUUGCAGCAGGAUGCAACCUUUGGCCCUGAGGACUAUGAUCAGCUGGCUCCCACUGGAAGCACUUCCCUGAUCAACUCCAUGACCGUCAUCCAGAAUCCUGUGAGGGUCUGUGAUCAGGUAUUUGCCCUGAUUGAAAACCUCACCCAUCAGAUCCGGGAACGGAUGCAGGACCCCAAGUCUGUAGACCUGCAGCUGUACCACAGCGAGACACUAGAGCUUAUGCUUCAGCGUUGGAGCAAGUUGGAACGUGACUUCCGACAGAAGAGUGGGCGCUAUGAUAUCAGUAAGAUCCCUGACAUCUAUGACUGUGUCAAGUAUGACGUGCAGCACAAUGGGAGCCUGGGACUUCAAGGCACAGCAGAGUUGCUCCGUCUCUCUAAGGCAUUGGCUGAUGUGGUCAUCCCCCAGGAGUACGGGAUCAGUCGGGAGGAGAAACUGGAAAUUGCCGUGGGCUUCUGUCUUCCUCUGUUGCGGAAGAUACUACUUGACCUGCAGAGAACCCACGAGGAUGAGUCUGUCAACAAGCUGCAUCCCCUGUACUCCCGAGGAGUGCUCUCCCCAGGCCGCCACGUUCGAACACGUCUCUAUUUCACCAGUGAGAGCCACGUCCACUCCCUGCUCAGUGUCUUCCGUUAUGGGGGACUUCUUGAUGAGACCCAGGAUGCCCAAUGGCAGCGAGCUUUGGCUUAUCUUAGUGCCAUCUCGGAACUAAACUACAUGACUCAGAUUGUCAUCAUGCUUUAUGAAGACAACACUCGGGAUCCCCUGUCAGAGGAACGGUUCCAUGUGGAGCUGCACUUCAGCCCUGGAGUGAAAGGUGUGGAGGAAGAAGGCAGUGCCCCGACUGGCUGUGGCUUCCGUCCUGCCUCUUCUGAGAAUGAGGAAAUGAAAGCAGACCAAGGUAGCAUAGAGAACUUGUGCUCAGGCAAGACACCAGAUGAGCCGGACCGGGCAUCGCAGAUUUCACCACAGCCUCCCGAGGGCCCUGGCCUCCCGAGGAGAUCGCCCCUCACUCGUAACCGAAAAGCCGGCUCCAUGGAGGUACUUUCUGAGACUUCAUCCUCCAGGCCUGGUGGCUAUCGGCUCUUCUCAUCCUCACGGCCACCAACAGAGAUGAAGCAGAGUGGCCUAGGCUCACAGUGCACAGGGCUGUUCAGCACCACAGUGCUGGGUGGCUCCUCCAGCGCACCGAAUCUUCAGGACUACGCCCGCAGCCAUGGCAAAAAGCUACCACCUGCCAGUUUGAAACACCGAGAUGAGCUCUUGUUUGUCCCGGCCGUAAAACGAUUUUCUGUGUCGUUUGCAAAGCAUCCGACUAACGAGCUGCUGGAUGACCAGCACCCUGUGGUCCGGUUGCUGCGCAGUUUUUCCUCUGAUUGCCCAGGGGGCCGGCCAGUCUCCUUGGAUGCCACGCUGGCGCAUCAUCUGCACCAGUGCUCCUACCACCUGCGCCUCUUCCGGAACUGGCUGCGCUCAGGCCAGGAUGACCCCGAGUGCCUCUACGGAUUUGAAGGAUGCUCCAUGGUACCUACCAUCUACCCCCUGGAAACACUGCAUAAUGCCCUUUCCCUGCGUCAAGUGAGUGAAUUUUUGAGUAGAGUCUGCCAGCGCCACACUGAUGCCCAGGCACAGGUAUCUGCAGCCCUGUUUGACUCUAUGCACAGCAACCAGGCCUCAGAUGGCCCAUUUUUGCCACCCCGUACUCUUCAUUCACCUCCCCUGCAGCUCCGGCAGCGCUCUGAGAAGCCCCCUUGGUACAGUAGUGGCCCUUCCAGCACAGUGUCCAGUGCUGGUCCUUCCUCUCCUACUACAGUGGAUGCCAACUCCCACUUUACCUUUAGUGAUCAGCCCUCCCUGAAUUCACAUGUGACUGAAGACUAUCAAGGCCUUGGGCUGCUUGUUCCUGGGAAUGGAGCACAAGAGCUCCCCACAGAAGGGGAGCGAGAGCUUUGUGAUCCAAACCAGUCCCUACAGGAGGUCCAUGUGGAGACCAACCAGCCAUGCCAGGUGGUUGCUGAGGAAGCCAGCCAGCCAUGCCAGGAGAUCUAUGACAUCAUUCAGCCAUGCCAGGAGGACCAUAACAAUGUUAACCAGACAUGCCAGCCAUGCCAUAAGGCCAACCAGCUGUGCCAGAAAGUCCCUGAGGAAGUUUGCCAGCCUUGCUGGGAGAACCCUGAGGGGGUCAGCCAGCUAUGCCAGGAGUUCCCUGCAGAGCUUGGCAGUAUGGUCCAUGGGUUCCCUACAGAAGCUGGGGGCCUGGUCCAGGAAAUCCUUGUGGAAGUUGACAGGCCAGCCCAGGAAAUCCCCAAGGAGUUUAACCAGUCAUGCCAGGAGUUCUCUGUGGAGGUUAGCAGGCUGGCCCAGGAGACUUCUGUCAUCAGUCUGUUGUCUCAGGACAUCCUUGAUAAACCAUCCCAUGAGUUCCCUGGGGAGGUUGAUCUGCAGGCCCAGGAGGUCCCUGAAGAGGUUAGUCAACAGUCCUGGGUGAUCCCCGAGGUGCUUGACCAGCUGUCUGGGGAGGGUGUUCCUCUAGCCCAUUGUCCAUCUACUGAUCCGAACCCUCAGAGCCAAUCUCAAGCCCAUGAUCAGCACUCACCAGCAACAGGUAAUUAAUCACUUUCCCAUUAGUGGUGUCACACUAUACCAGCCAUUUGAGCCAGCAGCCUUUUCUGAUGGCUAACUCACUGGCCAGCAGGAGGCCAUGGCUCUCACCAGCGGUGUCUGAGGAAGCAGUCCUCUUAGCAUGAGGCAUAUCUGUCUCAAAGUUGUGCUUGUGGAGGAGCCAACUUUGCAUUCAAAGUAGCCAUUAGCUCUUCGCCUAGCUGUUGGACUUGAAUAGGAUUUCCUUGGGGUGGGCUGAUCUAUCAUUACCCAACCUACUUUAAGCACUGAAGGAAAUCCCACAUUGUUGAAAGGAAAUGCCUCUUACCUGCUGAAGAGACACCAUUGAGCAGAAGGCACAGCAAAUGCAAAAGAGGGAACUCCAGGGCCUUCAUUUUCUGGGAAAAUAUUCACUACUUCUCAAGGUAUCCUUAGACCAUCUGUGCAGUUUGGGGGUCUCUUGUCUUUGUUAGCACUCCUCAGGUGGACCCAGGAUGGCCAUCUGAAAUGUCUGGAAAAUAGAGUCUCCUUCCCAAACAUCUACCAUGGCCACUAAUCUUUAGACUGUGUUUCUGGGUGGUUGAAUAUCACCCCCAAGUGUACCCACUGCCCUUGUCCUUUUUCUCUGGACAAUAGCUCUAGGGAAAAGUAGGUAUUAGAUUGCUGCGCAAAUUUCAGAGCAGCUACUUAAAAUGCUCUAGGGGAUUCUUGGCCAAUCUGUGAAGUUGGGCCUCCUUUUGUUUCAGGGCUGUUUGGCUUUGGAGAAGAUGUAGUAGAGAGAAUCAGGUUCUAUUUUAAGCAAUCAGCAGAGAUCAAUAUUGUACAGACAUGAGCAAAGAUUUAAUAUAUAUAGAUAUAUAUAAAUAUAUAUAUUUCUUUAGUUGUGCCAGGGACAGACUGGCCAAAGACCAAACACUCCAAGGUCCCCACAAAGUUUGUCCCUACAUUAUGUGUCUUUAGAACCAGAUGUGAUUAUGAAGCUUUUUCCAAAGAUAUGGGGAUGGGCAGGAGGAAUUAUGCAGUCAUUAGAGUUGGGGGCUGGAACAUUAUGAGCGCUCAAUAAAUACGAAGUCAUGAAGAUAGUGGUGGUGAUGAGGGUGAUGUCCUUGUGAGUGAACAUGACUCUGAGUCUGACAUGUGUGACAAUCUGGAUUAGUCAUAAACCAUUAAUAGUUUAUCAGGAAUGGACUUUAAAAAAUACAGAGAUCUGGCAUCCCAGAGGGCCUC